AUGACGAAAACCCCGGAACAACCUUCACCGGCGUUCUACUUUGCUUCGGCAGCUUUUUUCUUUAAGAAUAAACAACCAAAAACCUCGCGAAAGGCAGGAAGCAGGAACAAGAGAGUGGAAAUGGCGAAGAACGAUGUGCCGUUAGGAUCGGUGGACGACUUCCUGAAGCGGUGUCAGCAGUCGGGCGAUGCCGCAUACGGCGCCUUGAGAUCAGUGCUGGAGCGUCUCGAGGAUCCCAAGACCCGAACUCAAGCUCGGAUCUUCCUCACGGACCUCCAAAAUCGCUUCCCCUCCAAGGAAGCCUGCGAUCAAUGCUUCCGGACCUACCAUUUUCAGAUUGAAGACAUCUUCUUCGAUCAGUAUGAAGGUUACCAGGGUAGGAAGAAAUUGACAAUGAUGGUUAUCCCUAGUAUUUUUGUUCCAGAAGACUGGUCCUUUACUUUUUUUGAAGGACUAAAUAGACAUUCAGAUUCUAUCUUCAAGGACAAGACAGUUGCUGAGCUUGGUUGUGGAAAUGGUUGGAUAUCUAUUGCUAUUGCUGAGAAGUGGCUGCCGUCGAAGGUGUACGGCCUUGAUAUCAAUCCUAGAGCAGUAAAGAUGUCAUGGAUAAACUUGUACUUAAAUGCUUUGGAUGAAAAAGGUCAACCCAUCUAUGACGCAGAGAAGAAAACUUUGCUGGACAGGGUAGAGUUUCAUGAAUCAGAUCUGCUAUCUUAUUGUAGAGCUAAUGAUAUUCAACUAGAACGAAUUGUUGGAUGCAUACCUCAGAUUCUUAACCCAAAUCCAGAUGCUAUGUCUAAAAUGAUUACAGAGAAUGCAAGUGAGGAAUUUCUACAUUCAUUGAGCAAUUAUUGUGCACUUCAGGGUUUUCUUGAGGAUCAGUUUGGCUUAGGUCUAAUUGCUCGGGCAGUGGAGGAAGGAAUAGAUGUCAUUAAACCAAUGGGGAUAAUGAUCUUCAAUAUGGGGGGUCGUCCAGGACAAGCUGUUUGUAAGCGCUUGUUCGAACGCCGUGGUUUCCAUGUUAACAAGCUUUGGCAGACUAAAAUUCUCCAGGCUGCAGACACAGAUAUCUCAGCCUUAGUUGAAAUUGAAAAGAACAGUCCACAUCGUUUUGAGUUCUUCAUGGGACUUUCUGGAGAUCAGCCUAUUUGUGCUCGGACAGCAUGGGCCUAUGGAAAUGCUGGUGGCCGAAUCUCUCAUGCUUUAUCAGUUUACAGCUGUCAACUUCGCCAACCAAAUCAGGUCAAGACAAUUUUUGAGUUUCUUAACAAUGGCUUCCAUGAGAUCAGCAGUUCUUUAGAUUUAUCAUUUGAAGAUGAUGCUGUGGCUGAUGAGAAGAUUCCCUUCCUAGCUUAUCUUUCCAGUGUCCUGAAAGGGAGUUCUUUUGGCACAUAUGAGCCACCAGCUGGAAGCAAACAUUUUCGUAAUCUCAUUGCUGGAUUUAUGAAAACAUAUCACCGCAUUCCGCUGAAAGCUGAUAAUGUGGUUGUUUUUCCUUCAAGAGCUGUGGCCAUAGAAAAUGCUCUUCGGCUGUUCUCACCUCGUCUUGCAAUUGUUGAUGAACAUCUGACCCGCCACCUUCCAAGGAAUUGGUUAACGUCGUUAGCAAUUGAGGGUGCAGGAACUGAUAAUAAUCCUUCAGAGGAUUCACUUACAGUUAUUGAAGCUCCUCGCCAGUCCGAUUUAAUGAUAGAGCUGAUAAGGAAGUUGAAGCCACAGGUGGUGGUUACUGGGAUUGCUGAAUAUGAGGCUGUUACUAGUUCAGCCUUUGUGCAUCUUUUAGAUGUUACGAGAGAAAUUGGAUCUCGUUUGUUCCUGGACAUAUCUGAUCAAUUUGAGCUGUCCAGCCUUCCAGGUUCCAAUGGAGUCCUCAAAUAUAUCGGAGGAACUACUCUGCCAUCACAUGCAGCAAUUAUAUGUGGCCUAGUAAAAAAUAAGGUUUAUUCAGAUCUAGAAGUAGCUUUUGUAAUUUCAGAAGAGGAAGCCAUCUUCAAGGCCUUGUCGAAGACCGUUGAACUACUAGAAGGGAAUACAGCACCAAUUAGUCAAUGUUAUUAUGGUUGUCUUUUUCAUGAACUUUUAGCUUUUCAGCUUGCUGACAGACACCCACCUGCACAGAGGGAAACUGCAUCAACUAAAUCAGCAGAGAUGAUCGGAUUUGCUAGUUCAGCAAUCUCAGUCCUCAAUAAUGCAGAGUUGUCAAUUAGUGAGGCAGGGAACUCUUCCCUGAUUCACAUGGAUGUUGAUCAAAGCUUCUUACGUGUACCAUCACCUGUCAAGGCUGCUAUUUUUGAAAGUUUUGCUCGACAGAAUAUAGCCGAGUCAGAAAUAGAUGUCACCACUAGCAUCAAGCAAUUCAUCAAGAGUACUUAUGGUUAUCCAGUUGAUAGCAGCACUGAAUUUAUAUAUGCUGACAGCUCGCUAGCUCUGUUUAACAAGCUGGUUGUUUGCUGCAUUCAAGAAGGGGGUACAUUGUGUUUUCCUGCUGGCUCGAAUGGGAACUAUGUUUCUGCUGCCAAAUUUUUGAAAGCAAAUAUUGUAACUAUACCUACUAAGUCUGCAGAUGGCUUUAAACUGACAGAUAAGGUGCUUUCUGGAGAACUAGGGACUGUGAAUAAGCCAUGGGUAUACAUUUCUGGACCAACAAUUAACCCAACUGGUUUGAUAUACAACAGCAAAGAGAUUGAAAGUUUGCUGUCUAUUUGUGCCAAAGUUGGAGCCAGAGUUGUGAUUGAUACUUCAUUCUCGGGCUUGGAAUUUGACUUUGAGGGUUGGGGCGGUUGGAAUCUGGUGGAUAGUUUGUCAAAGCUAAAUUCUUGCAACCCAUCCUUCUGUGUCUCUCUGCUUGGGGGAUUGUCCUUGAAGAUGUUGAGUGGGGCGCUCAAAUUCGGGUUCCUUGUUUUGAACCAGUCUGUUUUGGUGGAGACAUUUUAUAGCUUUCCAGGAUUAAGCAAACCUCAUAACACGGUUAAAUAUGCUAUUAAGAAGCUGCUGAGUCUGAGAGAGCAGAAACCAGGAGAUCUGUGGGAUGCUAUUGCAGAACAUAUAAAAAAUUUGAAGAGUAGAUCCAAGCGCCUGAAAGAGACGCUGGAGAAGUGUGGUUGGGAUGUGCUUGAACCCUGCGGUGGUGUUUCCAUGGUGGCCAAGCCCUCAUCUUAUUUGAACAAGAGUGUUAAAUUCAAGAAAUCGCCUAAUGAUGGAGGCAGCACUCAAAAGGAAAUGAUGUCCGAAGUUAAGCUUGAUGACUCAAACAUCAGGGAAGUCAUUCACAAGGCUACUGGCUUAUGCAUCAACAGUGGUUCGUGGACGGGAAUUCCUGGCUACUGUCGGUUCACCAUUGCUCUCAAAGAAAGUGAAUUUGAGCGCGCAUUGGAUUGCAUUGUUAAAUUUAAGGACACCAUCAAGAACUGA